UUUAAAACUUUGUCACCCGUUGAUUGCAGAAAACAAUUUAUGCUCUUGGUUAGUUAUGUAAAGAAAAAACAAUAAAAUGUAACCAAACUAAAAAUACACCAUAUCAAACACAACAUUUUACAUUUUAUACUGGUUUAUGAAAAUGAAUGUGAUUCAUGCAGUUCACCCCUUGGGGGCGCCACUGCCUUCAGCUUGCUUCGGGGUCAGUUUAGCAGCCAACCCCUUGCGUGUGACGUAGUGCUCUUUGGCGGACGGCGGAAGUGGACUGCAUAAACAGUGUGGGCGGCAGUAAACGACCUGUGGGAGAGCAUUUUAUUUUAAUUCGCGUUAUUUUCGCGAAAAAAAUGGUCAUAUCUUGCUGUGCGGUGGGUUGCUCUAACAGGCAAGGUUAUAAAGCUAAUGUAGCAUUUUACCGUAUUCCUGCCGAUGAAGAUAAAAGGCGGCUAUGGCUAGCAGCUAUCAAUCGGAAGGAGUGGCAGCCCUCCAAGUACACACGGAUUUGCAGUGAACAUUUUUUGCAAGGGCAGAAGAGUGAUAACCCCUUGUCACCCAAUUAUGUGCCAUCUGUGUUUGCACAUAUCAAAUCCCCUGCUAAAAGGCGAGCUCUAGGAAGUCUAAAGAAGUAUGAAGCGAGACAGGCCAUGAAGAAAAAGAAGAGGGAGGAGUCUUCCAGACAUGAAGCUGCCAGAUCGCUUCUCAAUCUCUCAGCUGAGGUCUCCGGAUCAGUGUUCGUUGCAGACAGAGAGGAGACUGAAAAGGAGCCUGCUAAUUAUGAUAUAAUUGACAACUCAAAAUGUGAUGCAAUGUGUCAAACAGAACUAACUUCAGAGAACAUCAGAUCCCUUCAGUUUGAGUGUCAGCAACUCCAGGACAAGACUUUUGCUCUACAAGAGAAGCUCAACUCAGACAUUCUUGAACAGGCAAGCUUGAAGCGUUUACAGGACUACACAGCUAUCAGGUGUAAAGCCAGCCCUUAAAGACACCGCAAACCUCACGUUUUCAACAGCUACUCUUAACAUUACUGAGACUGAGACUGAACUUACCAUAUCAUUUUUAUCUUAUCAGUUUGUGUUCACAGCUCUACCAUUUCCAGAGUUUUUAUAAAUGUAAUCAAUGUUCUGAUAGGGUUGUCACGGUAACCGGUGUAGCGGUAAACCCCGGUAAAAAAAGUUGA